CUUCAUUCAACGCUCGACAGGUGAACCGUUCAGCACGCUUUUCGCGCUUUCAAAUUCGGAGAUUAUAGCUGGGAUCAUCACCUGUUUUAUAUAUAAAAAAUAUAUAUAUAUAAAUUCCUUUUUUUGUAAUUUUUUACUGUGACUUUUUUGUGGCGGAAAAACCUACAGAAUGCAGCUCAACGAUCACUGGCGCAAGAUUGUAAAGACUAUGAUCUUUGCCUUUCUCUGCACCGAAAUGCAAACUACCUAUACACAUCGAGAUUUGACUGCCAAGCGACUUGGCCUGGCCGAAAUGGAGGCCAUUGCAGCAGCUACUGGUGAGGAUCGAUUCCAGGUCAAGAUGAGGGCUCCAUAUCAUGCAUCCAUUCGUUUGCUGGCCCAGGAGAGGGAUUACUUUGGCAAGGGACACAUCUGUUCGGGUGCGUUGGUGGCGCCUUCUGUUGUCCUUACCGUAAGCAGUUGCAUCUUCAGCCACGUGAAGAAAAGCUACUACCAUCCCUCGGAGCUGCGUGUGAUGUUGGGGAAUCCUCAGAGGUUCGCUCCUCAUGACCAGGGCUUAGCCUUUGGCGUUACGCACAUCCAUCAGCCGCCCAAGGAUCUGGCCCUGGCCAUUCUUAUGUUGGACAAGGAUGUUCCACUGGACCAUUUGUUUAUCCAACCGGUGGGUCUGCCCUCGCCGGGUGAGACAUCAGUUCUGGAUGCAGAUUCCAGCAAUUUGCUGCAGAUUAGCACCUGGGGUUAUGAUGGCGAGAUCCGGGAGCUGCACGAUCUGGUCACUUUGAAUGCCACUCACACAGCGUGUCAUCAUCACCAGGAGCAGAGCCAAUCCCCAAGGAUCUGUGUUCAGGCGGAGGUGACGAAUGCGUCACUCGGCCAGAAGUUGUACAUGGAUGCUGGGGCCACGUUGACGGAGCAGGAUCGCCUGCUGGGACUGAGGAGCACCGAUGGUGGAUUCGAGGAUGUGGCCAGUCAUGUGGAAUGGAUUCUGGCCCAAAUAGGCGACGGUGGCAAUCAGAACAGCUCGGUUUGGGGCAUCCUGGGGUUCAUGGUCUUCACUGGCUAUGUCCUUACAGUCAGCAGGAAGAGCUUCUCCACCUAGGAAAGGGUUUUGUGGGUUUUUUUUUGGGGGUAAACUAGUCAAGUAGGAGGGAUCCUAGGCCAGCCUAGGAAUGUGAUAAUCUCGAUCAGAAAGCCAGAGCAGGAUAAUCUGCCAAUCCUAGAACAAGAUGCCUUAAGAUAUUUGUACAAUUUAAAGUUCUUGGGGGAUCAAUCAACAAUUAAUUUAUAUAUAUAACACAUAAAAUAAGGGUAGAUAUAUAU